AUGUAAAAUUCCAAAUAGAAGGAAAUGUUUUGUAGCUAAUUCGAUUUAUACAAAGACAAGAAAUUUUAGUUCAUUCCUUCAUUAAAAUAAGUUAAAGUUGAAGAGAGUAAUCAUCCAUAAUUACUGUUUAAUGAAUCAAGUGCUGAGGACAUUUUUGAACAGAUGGGAAAUCAAGCUUCCAAUCAAGUAUAAAUAAAAGAGGCAAAUAGAGAAAAUAAAAUCAAAAAAAAUGAUGAUUGGAAUGCCUAUUAUAAUUUGAGAUUGAAAGAAAUCAAACUAGAAAGACCUGAACUUACUCACAAUCAAAUGACACAACUAAUAUCAGAAGAAUGGAAGAUUAUCAAAAAAUAAUUUAAAAAAUAUCCUUAAUCUUUAAAUCCAGAUGAAGAGCCAAUAUGUAAAAAGAGAAUAAAAUCAAUUAAAGAUACCUAAAAGUUCUCUUAAGAGAUCAUGUUUCAAAAAUAAGAAUCUGAAGUCGAACUAGAUUUUAAUCCCUUUCAAUGUGCUAAAUUUAUUGAAAAUUUGAGAUCAAAAAAAUUCAAAUUAGUUAUUAAUGAUAUAACUCAUGAACUUCCAGGAAUUGCUAUUAUAGAAGCAGUCGACAGUGACUCUGUCCUCAUAUACUUAAAUCAAAACACCAAUAACAAUAACACAUACACAAAUACUACAUAGGGUACACCAAACGAAAAGGUUAAUGCCAUCCUAGAAGAUAUAGGAAGUGAUAGUGAAUUGAGCAUUUGCAAAGGAAAUGAGGAUUUUAUUUUAUAAAACAAUAUUAGAUCAUUUCUAUGA